AUGGGUUCUCUCUGCAGAUAUAAGAUUAAAUUGUAUAGAACUGAUCCUGCUUACGAGAAAGGAGCUUCAGAUUUUGUUAGAGACGUGGCUGCGGCUUUGGGAGACGUUGACAUGAUAGUGUGUCCUUGCAUUGACUGCCGUAAUAUAGAUCUUCAUGGCAGGAGUGUUGUAGUUGACCAUCUAGUUACAAGAGGAAUGGAUGAGUCGUAUAAGAGCCGGUCUGAUUGUCAUAGCAAGCUAUCAGCUAUUGUUUCCUUGUUCAGAUUGAAGACACAGAAUGGGUGGUCCGACAAGAGCUUCAAUGAUCUACUCGAGACCCUGCCGGGAAUGCUACCAGCGGAUAAUGUGUUGCACACAUCACUUUACGAGGUGAAGAAAUUCUUGAAAACGUUUGAUAUGGGUUAA